AUGAGCAAAGUAGGCUCUCCGCUCGUCUCUGAAUUCCAAGGAAUAUUAAAGGAAGUGAGAAGAUAUGGACAACACGAAAAAGAGAAAGAAUUUUUGACGAUGGCGAUUAAUAAGUUGUCUGCUUCCACUUCUCCAAAAGAAACGAUUUUAAGGUCACAACAAGUCUUUGUUGAACCGCUGGUGGAUCUUUUACAUAUUAACUCCCAAUUGGACAAUUCAAUCCUUCAAGUCCUUCACAUGUUAACUAUUCAGGAAAUGAUUUCUUUAACGAUGUAUGAAAUGGUCUACAACAAACUCUUGUCUGUCAUUUCGACGGAAAACAUUAAUACAAAAAUCAUCCAAAUCAUCUCAACAACACUCACAACACCAUUGUUACCUUCAUUGCCUGGUAAUGUCAUUUACCUUGGAAUGGCAACGAUCACGUUUGCGGCUACAACGCCGUUGUUACUGUCAACCGUCAUUUCAGUGAUAACACAUAUAGCAUCUGCAACAUCUUUGUUGUUGCCACAACACCCACCUAAAUUGUCGCAGAAUGUCGUUCAUCACACUGACGCUGUUAGAAUGACGGAUUUCAAUAAGAACUAUUUGGAUGAGAUUUUGACAGAACCUACUAACCCAUUAGUUGUGGCAUUGUCUAAAUAUAUCAAUGAAAUUUCGAUCUCCCCUCAGUUCAGUAGUGUAAGAGUCCACGUCUAUGAAAUAUUGGAACCAAUUUUACAAAGCUGUGGAAACGUGUUUUACCAAGUCAAGUCGUUCUAUCAGAUUAUCCUCCAAAUAGUCAUUCCAAAGAUACCACAGAUAGCAGAAACAACUUUAAACUAUCAUAUCACAUUAAUGAAGCUCUACUCAACAUUUCCAGGGUAUCCGUUUUAUAUCACCCAAUUACUUAAGAAUGUCAACGAAUAUACUGUCGCACUCUUUUUACAAUUCUUCACUAAUAAUCCGGCGUUUGUGCUACAUCCACACUUCACUCCAAUUGUGCUGUGCUUCUUACAAAAUGCUGCAAAAAUAGGGCAGCCGGUGUCUUUGGAGAAUAUCACAACGCCAAGGAAUAUUGGAGAAAUGUCAUUCUUCUGCUUUUACUUGUUGGUCUCUGCGUUCUUAACUAGCAACUUACAGAUCGACAAAAAGACUGUUGAAAGUGCGGUAGAGAUAUUGUUGGGGUUCGAAAAUACACCAAACACUUUGGAUUGCUAUAAAAAGAUGCUCCGAGUGAUGGCGAAAAGUGGAAUUGAUAUGUCAAGUGUCAUUGAUAAUUACGAGAAGAUACCAGGGGGGUGGGAUGGUAUAGUGAAGUCUGUGAUAGACCUCGGGGAGUCUUUUAGAGGCGAGUGGAAGACCAUCUGGAAAUUAGUGUCUAAAGACCAUUAUAAGAGUGUCUCGAGUAUAUCAGUGGAAUUUGGAGACAAGACGUUGUUAUCGUUAGUACAGAACUUGAUACCAUAUGUCACCACUUUUGAGUAUUAUAGUGAACUUCUACUCAUACUCAAGCUUAACUUUUUGCGAAUGAGUGCCAUCUUUGAAGUGUCGAAAACCACAUUAGUGAAAGGUGUGUUAGAGGGAGGGAAAAUCAGUAAUGAAAUUUUAAGUGUGUUUGCGGAAGUGAUCAGUCUUACGAAUGGAAUUGAAGAUACACAAGCCGAAGAGUAUAACGUUAGAACCACAUUGAGUUUUGUGUUGACUAUUCUGAGAGAGCGAAAGGGACUUGUAAAUCUCUAUGCCCCAUUAAUGGCUACUGUGUCUCCAUUAACGGAGUACACUGGACCACUGAGUCAGUAUAUGGACGUUUUGGUCCCAAUUUUCGAGUUCUUUGCAGAGUCCAAUUCGAGUGUAGUUGGGAAGAGUUUUAAUAUAUUACGACAAAUUGCCGUCCAAUUGCCUAUCAACACAUUUCCUUUGGAACUUAUUAAACGAUACACUAAACAGGAAUACGAUAUCAACGUCUCUUUAAGCGCAAUUCAGUUGCUUUCAGACUUGUUGCUACUGAUUAAAGAAGCGAAAGAAGAUGUCAAGUACUCUGUUGCGAUCUUCAGACAACUGUUCUUAUGCUUAAAAGAUGAAAGAUUUGAUAUUUGGAACUGUUCAUUACAAACCCUUGUUCAAGCUCUUGCAUGCGAAGAAGAGCGACUUUCACUGUGUGUAGUUCCAUUACUCGAAACAGUGAUAUUUCCGACGUUCGACGAGAUGGACAAAAUCUUUGAGAAAAUUGUGAAGGUGAAGAUACCAGAAGAACGGAGUAAAGUACUUUUAUACACCCCUGCGGAGACUAGACAGUGGAACGAGUCUGUUUGCGUAUUGCUUGGCGGCUUGACCAGAAUACUGAAGUUCUUACUACCUUUUGUAGUCGACAAACUUCCAAUUGUAUUUGGCAAAUUCAUUAAAGUGACCGACUUGGGGUUUUAUAGAGCAUCUAUGAACACGUGUGAGGUUGGUUUGAAGUAUGUAUUUUCAUUACUGAAAUACGCGGAAGUUGACAAUGACAUUUACUACAAAGUGUUACAGUGUUAUUUGGAGGUGGGAAAGUAUAUUGCUGAUAACAACGGAAUCAACACGACGAUUUGCACAUACUUUCUCUCAACCACACAAACAAUAAUGAAAGAGGAGAUCUCUUAUAUCAUUGUGGGAUCUCUUAUUAAAUAUGUCUGUGUCUUCCCCGAUGAUUUUGUUGUUGACGAGAAUGGGAUGUGUUCCUGUCAAAACAGUGUAUUUGGUAUCAUCGAAAUGACUGAAUCGUACAAAAACAGUGAAACGAAUUAUAUCAAAUGGUUCUGUAAAAUGAUGGAGUUGAUGGUAAAGUACUUUGAAGAGUGCCAUUCAGAGAGAGCAUUUGUUUGUUUAAAUAUCUGUUUGUGCGAGUGUAUUCAACGGAUUGAUAAUAACUUGAAAAUUCAAAGUGUGUUGGACAAAGGCUCUGAGUUAAUUGAAGACAUCGCCAAUAGUCUUCAAAGUGCACGAGGAGUACUUAUACAGUUGUCUAAGAUCAUGACAGAGAAGUACAAAUCAACAAUGGGAAAUGUAUUAUCUCUUAUCACGCAAUUGGGUGGAGUUACAACAAAGGGUUGGAGUCGAUUAGUCAAGACGGUUUAUCAAGUAGAAGACCUUGCGAAACUCAAUGAAGUGUACUAUCAAAUCUAUCCAGAAAGUGUCACAAAAAUACUUAAAGUUAUUGAAAAGACUGGGGAGAACGAUGAGAAUAUUCAGGUGGUUCGACACAUCAUAUCUCUCAUACAUUUCGAAGGAUAUGAAGACGACCUCAUUGAGUUUUUAAUAAAAAGUGUCUUAGAAGUCAUUCAGAGCGAAAGUGAGAUAUCAAAGUAUACACAAACUAUUUUUGUCCAAAAGUUGACUGAAGACCUCCAUUGUCUUCAAAGUGUCAUAGAUUCCGAAAACACCCCAAAAUAUAAAAUACACCAAACCACAGUAUUCCUUGCAACUCUUCAAACCCUUGUCACUCUCAAUUUACUUCAAAUUAAUAAAAUGGCUAUCUACAAGACUGCAGUCUCGUUCUUCUCUCUCGGUAAUGUUUCUGUGCGGUCAUAUGCACUGAACCUCCUCGUCGAAUUGGAGAACAAAGAAGCAAAGGAAUAUGAGAUCCAUCUUGAAAAUAUGUCAACAAUGGAUUUUGGGAGCAUCUUGACUGAACCUUUUGAUAACCGUUUGGAGGCAUAUUUUAACCCUGAGGAGAAGGUGACGGCCUCACUUCAGACGCCACAAGGGACAUUACUUGGCACAUCACUUGGUCGAGUCUUUUUGUUUAGUCCGAAGACGAACGACUUUAAGGCGGAUAAACAACUCUUUUCAAAAGAACCGAUCAUAGGGUUGGGGUACGACUCUAACACAUUUUAUGCUGCGCAUGAAAGUCGCCAAGUAGUGAGGAUAUUUAACGAUUUCAAAUCGAUUCAAGUAGAAGAGGAGGCGAAGUCGAGUGAACGGCUUGUGGCGUUUGCUGUCGACUUGAACGGGACGAGGAAUAAAAAGACGUUCAGCUAUGGUGUGAUGUCGGGGAAUAACGCGCCAACGGUUCGAAUAGUCGACAAGAGUGGAUAUGGGAUCUUCGGUGCUACGACGAAUUUAGUGUGCAAGAACUGCAACCGUCUGUCGAAAAUCAUGUGGGUGGGGAAUGUCAUCUGUGCCGUUGCUGGAGUGCUUGUAGGCGACAAAUAUAAGGAAGCCAAAAUCUUUUUGUACGACUUCAACGCAAAAACAAAGGACUUCCAAGACCCGAUUUGCUUUAAAGAUGUCGAAAUUGAGAAAGACGCCAUUUGCUGUGUUGUUCCAUGCCAAGACAACAAAUUUGUGAUCAGCUGGGGGAAGAUUAGAAUCAACGUUGGUGUGUCGCCAAGCUUUAACACCGAAAUGCGAAAAACGUUUGACACGUCCCCGGCGAGUUUUCCGGAUGAGGAUUUAAAGAUCGAAGGGAUGGCUCUGAUGGAGAACCGGCUCAUUGCUUUUGCAAGGAAUACUUCGGGGUUGUUUGGACUGAAGAUCUUACAGUCCUCGUCGGUGAAUGAAGUCAAUGGGUUCUGUGAUUUGGGAAGAACAGGAGAGUGUCAAGGAAUGUAUUCGUUCAAGACGGAUGUUGAGAGGAUAGUAGUUGUGAGACCGCGAAAGAUGGAUAUAGGACGGAUGAGAAAGGAGAGUGAUACAAUCAAGAUGAUGUUAGAGAAGAAGAUGUAUCGAGAUGUGUUAUACAAGAUAGUUGCGUCGAAGGAGAAGUUUUCAGAUAAAGGGGAUAUCCAAGAUUAUUGGAGAAUGUAUGUCUUAGACCUGAAGAAUAUUACAGACGACUCUUUAGUCUGUUUGGAGACUCAUUUGAGAGAAAAUGUGAUUGACCAAUCGGACGUUGUUGCAAUCAUACAAGAGACGGAGAAGAAGAGUGAUAUGGAAAAGAUGCUAAUGUUCUUCACGCAAUACUGCGUGAAGUAUUACCACAAACUGAAAAGAGGGUAUAACACUUUAUUGGUGUCGAAGUCAUGUAUGAACCCUAAAGAAACAUCAUGUGUCAUUACUGAAGACUUUUAUAAGGCGUUUCGAAUUAAAAGUGAUCUUGAAAGCCACCCCGUGGGCAGUGUGGUGAACGCCAAUGAGUACCAAAAUAUAUUGAGGAACGAAAUAGACAAAUAUAAUGAAGUGCUGUUAUUCCCAGGGUUACCCGCGUCGAUUCAAAAUGAAAUUGGGAAGAUGACGACAUCGUCGAAAGAGUUGGUUUCAGACACUAAUAUCUCAGAUUUCCAGGGAUUUGUUAUCCAAUUUAAUAUCAAUAAUGGACUUUACUCUGCUGCGUGUCAAUAUGCUUUGAAAACACAAAAUCCGGAGACAUUGUUGUUUGUAUUAAAGAUCAUUGAAAAACAGGCGAGUGACCGAUUGAAAGAUAUUGUUUCCAUCUUUAAUGACUAUGACUCUGUCAGAAUGUGUAUGCCACAACAAGACACUCUGAAGAGUCUUGUCUUGGAGUUCCACAUCUACCAACAACUCUUUAUGCUCUUUGAAAAGGCGAUGACUCAAGCAAUGCGAAACUCGAUAUUCGAGUCGCUUGCACAUCAGAUCGACGAGAAGAAAAACGGACCACAGAUGUUAUACGCUUCGGUCUCUGGGAGAAUAGCGGAUGUUGGGAGUUAUGGGGUUCAAUUUCUGAAGGAUGUAGUGAAGAAAUACAAAGAAGAAAAUGACGGUAGAGUUGAUGAAUUUGAGAGGAAUUCCGAUGCCGUUAAAAUAGUUCAAGAUGUUGUUGAUGUUGUUGAUAAGAGAAACAGUGUCGAGUUAGCUCGAAAAGUGUUUUCCGAUGUUAUUGGGUAUCCCGUGUUAAUUCCUAUUAUGUUGAAACGAUCACAAUUUAAAGUGCAACUAUUUGAUGAAGUUCCCGACACGUUCAAGAUGGGUGAUGUCUCGGAGAGUGUUCGCGACACACUCUGCUCCUUAAAGUUUUCCAAUCACACUCUUAAAGAGGUUCUUGGAUUGGCCACGUCAGAGUCUAAAAAUAAAUUGUCUAAGGCGCGGGAAAUGAGAGGCGUGACUUUUAACACGAUGACGGUCUGCGCUAAGUGCAAGAAACCGGCGACUGGGAGCGUCAAAAUGUUUUACUGUGGACAUAUAUAUCAUGAGAGUUGUCAUAAAGGGAACGCGUGUAUGUUGUGUUCGACGAUGUGA